AAUAAUAGUAUAAAGUUGACUAUAUCAACGUCAUGAUAAACUAUAGAACAAUAUAAAUACCGUGCAGCCACUGCACUUGAUUUCACACACUAACACUUUCUCAGCUGAAACACACUCACUUUCGUACUUUCUAUUAACGGAAUGGCAAACGAAUUAACGGGAACCAUCGUGUUCAACACCGUUGGUAGAGCACAAUACGGUUUCGACGUUUUCUCCGUUAACCUCCAAAACGACACACCGUUUCAAAUAUCCCAUGAACACUGCCUCACUGACGGCACCUCCGUCAACUUUAACGCCCAGUUCACCGAAUCUAAACAAAACCAAAGCAUAGUAUUCAUCUCAGAACGAACCGGGUCACCCCGUAUUUACAUAACCCAACCCGAAAAAGAAAACCCGGUUGAACCACUUGCCUUUGUUUCUGAGAGCCUUUUCCACGAUCGGCCAAUCAUAAAAAAUGAAAAGCUCUAUUUCGUUUCUGCACACGAUCCAAACGUACUUUUCAAGAGCUGGUGUGCGGUUUAUUCAACUUCCGUUAACGGCGACGGAAACAUAACGAGAAUAACCCCUCACGGCAUUGUGGAUUACAGUCCAGCCGUGUCUCUAACCGGAAAAUUCAUCGCGGUUGCUUCAUACGGUUCUCGGCCGUGGAACACCGGUAAUUUUCGCGAGCUCGAUACGGAGAUCGUCGUUUUCUCUGAUUCUAAACCGGAGAAACGUGUGGUGGUUAGCGAUCGUGGUGGAUGGCCAACGUGGUCGCAAGACUCCACCAUUUUCUUCCAUAGAAUCGCGGAGGAUGGUUGGUGGAGCAUUUUUCGCGUCGAUUUAGACAAUUCGAAUCUUGCUCAAGUUUCGACGUCACCAACUAGGGUAACGCCGUCAGGGCUUCACUGUUUCACUCCAGUUGCAUUUCACGACGGGAAGCGUAUCGCCGUGGCAACUCGCCGGAGAGGGAAUAAGUUUCGACACAUUGAGAUCUUCGAUUUGGAGUCUCAAACGUUCCAACAAGUCACUGAAUUAAUAAACCCUAGUUUUCACCAUUACAACCCGUUCGUCUCCUCUGAUUCUCACUACCUCGGGUACCAUAGACUUAGAAGCGAGUCAACCGAAGGCGAGUCAACAAUCCCACAUUUAGAAUCUUUGUUGUCUCCGAUUCGUAAUUUACAAUUGUUAAGAAUAAACGGUGCAUUUCCAAGUUUCUCCCCCAAAGGGGAUUUCAUUGUGUUUAAUCACAUCCCCUUCGAUCAUGAGUUAGAUGGCAUUAAGAUCGUUAGAUCCAAUAACUCCAAAUGUUGGACUUUAUUGAAAGGACAAACAUUCUUCUUCAAUUCAUGGAGCCCCACCCAGGAGAACGUGAUAUAUACAUGUAUUGGUCCAACUUUUGAGUCAGUUUUCAAAACGGUUCAAAUUGCACGAAUUGAAUUUGACCCAGUUCAUUUGAGAGAGGAUUGCGAGGAGAUUCCGUUUACGAUAAAUAUUCUCACCAGAGAGGAAACUGGAAAUAAUGCAUUUCCGUCGUGCUCACCGGAUGGAAAAUUUGUAGUGUUUCGGUCUGGUAGGUCAGGUUAUAAAAAUUUGUAUAUAAUGGAUGCAUUGGAUGGAGAGUUUAACGGUGGUUUGAGGAGGUUAACGGAAGGGGAAUGGAUUGAUACGAUGCCAUGUUGGUCUCCAAAGGGUGAUUGGAUAGCGUUUUCAUCGAAUAGACAUGAUGCUGGAAACAGUGAAGUGUUUGGGAUUUAUGUGGUGAGGCCUGAUGGGAGUGAUUUAAGGAGGGUUGAGGUGGGGAAGGGUGUGGAUGGUGAGAGAGAGAGGUUGAAUCAUGUGUGUUUUAGUGGUGACGGAGAAUGGUUGUUGUUUACAGCAAAUUUGGGUGGGGUGAUGGCAGAGCCAGUGUCUAUGCCAAAUCAAUUUCAGCCGUAUGGGGAUUUGUUUGUAGUCAGGUUGGACGGUAGUGGGUUGAAGAGGUUGACGUGUAAUGCAUAUGAAAAUGGUACACCAAUGUGGCAUGCUAGAGAAGGGGCUGCGUUAUUGCGUUCUGGAAAAGGAGACGAGGAUGUUCUUAAAGGUGGAUUUGAAGAACCACUUUGGAUCACAUGUGAGUAAUAGUGAGGCUGAUGAUAAUUAAGAAGAAUAAUAUAUAUUAUGUAUUUUGAAAUAUAUUGUUAAAGCCCAAAAUCAAGUGUUAGACCAUGCACAAAAUAAACCUAAAACAUGACACGUGUUUUAUAAGAAAAGUAAUUGUUAGACUAGUUGCUUUAAGGGUAUACUAUGGAAGUUGUAUUCGGAGCUGUACUUUACCAGUUACUUUUUGUAUGUUGGGGUAGUUAUUAAGGGGGGUUUUAAGCUGUUUCUGGGGAUAUACGAGAUUUCUUUUGUGUAAGGAUGAUCAUUGUUUUUUCAGAGGACAGCUUUGGCUCUACGGUCAGUAUGAAUGUGUAUCUACUAGAUUUGUGUGUUGUGUACUCUUUUUGAAUUCAAUAAACUUUUGUUGUGAGUCUUAUCUCA